CUACUGUUCAGGAUUUCCAAUCACUUAUAGAAAUAUCGAUGUUAUGUAGAGAAAAACGAAGUUGUACUUAGUGCUUACUGUACUAGCUUAAUUUUGCUUUGAAAAAUUCCUGGCGCGCAAUAGUCCUUUAGCCUUGCGUCCUACAAGAAACAACAUGAAGUACAUUUGAUAGAAGAACUACAACGCGGAGCUGCACAGAAACGCCACGGAUGAUGAUGCUCAACUAGACUGUAGCUUUUUGCUCCUUAGUCAGUACAGCAGCAGACACUGGCGAAACUGACAGCCAUGGGGCGCAUGGACACGGGCGUAGAUCCGCCGCAGGUCGCGGAGAUCUACGAUUAUCUGGACAGCAGGCGAUACAAAGACGCGGUCAAGCAGGUAAGUAACUUCGUUUGCAUCAAUUAUGUGCGGCUUUGCACCAUGCAUUCGCAAAUGUUUUUUUUCAAGCAUAAAUGGUACAAAUUCUAGUGCAAUAUCUAGCCCGAGCUGUUUUUCACACAGCCGACAUCAUGCGAAACUAAGUCCCCUCAACUACAGGCCGACCUCCUGCUGGACAGCAGCAAAGCCCAGUCGUCGUCGAAGAAGACCAAAAAGCCCAUCGCCGUUACCCCGGCCGCGGACUUGGAGCGGGUGAGGAUCCUGAAGUGCCUGGCGCUUAUCUACCUUAACCGCUCGGACGAAAUCGUCGAUGCGUUCAAAGAGGUAAUACUACUAUCGGGGAAGCAAAAUCAAGAAAAUGCAGAAAAAAGGAAAUUCCGCCAAGGGAGAACCGCGUUGCUGCUGGACCACUUGCUGUCUUUGGUUCUUAGCUUGUCCGCGAACAAAACCGUGGACUUCCAGCCUUUUAACGUGUUAUCCUUGUUUAUCCAACGAAAAAACUGUUUCACUGUGAUGAUUUUGCAAGAACCGCAUCACAAGUUUGUUACACAUGACACAGAAAAUUUGCCAUGCGCGUUUCCCAAGGGAAAACACGCUUGAAAAUCCAAUGUCUUGCAGGUGUAGCAAGAGAGACACUUUGAUGCUUCAUUUUCUGCAUCACAAGUUCACAGUGAAACAGUUUUUUCUUGCGAUAUUGUUGGAAUCCGCAGCCGACUUCGACGUGUCCCAGGAAUCCUGGCACCAGGCCUUCGUGAAACAAUUCUGCUUCGGGAAGUUUGACACGGCGUUUCUGUUGGCGAUGAAGCUCUACACAAAGACGAAAAACGACCGGUACGCGGAGUGCAUGGUGCUCUGCGCAUUAUUGGGCGAAAAAAAGACCAAUGUAGCGCUGGCGGAGCGGAUUCUGGACCAGUGCGGACAGCUGAAGGGGCUGGUACUAUUAUAGAUGGCAUUUUACUUAUUCACUGGCUCUUGUCCUUGUGCGAGGUAGUCUGACAGAUAGAGUGCGCAUAAUACCGAGUUUUACAAUAGCCUAACGCCUUUGAUGCCUCACCCUGACAAUGUGUGUGCAAUUUGAAACUCUAACAAGAACCUCAUCGAAAGAACAGGAUGGCCUGGACGGUCCGCAGCUGUGCGACCAGCGACGGAUACGGUUCCGUCGAGCGAAUUUCCGUGCGUCGAUUCUGUACCGGAAAGAGGGACCGGAAGCUUGCAUCAAGUUCCUCUGCGGCAACAGCGAUAUCAUCUUGGAGAAAUAUGAAUUGAAAACUUUGACUCACACGAUCAUGCUGAAAAACAGUCUCGCCUUUCCCGCGGAAGCCGUGCUGGCGCCGACCAACGUGAAAGAACUGCUCCACUUGCUCUCUGCGAAAACAAUUCCGUUGAGGAAAAUCGGGGAGAAGUGCGAGAAGGAACAAAACCGGUUCUUAGCGCUGUUGGCGACGUUUGUGGAGGUCGCAAGCUUGAGUACGGAGGGGAGAAGGGAAAUUGCAGCAGUGGAGAACUACAAGGCGAACAAGUCCUUCUAUCCAGAGCAGUUGUCGUCCUCUUCUUCCAGUACUAGAACGGUGCGACUAGGUCGUGGACAAGAUGAAAGCAUUCCUAUACAACAGGCUGUAAAAGACAACCUACCACUCGUCACAAUCGGUGUGGAGCUCAUGGGCUUCGUGAAUAGCGUCUUCGACCUGCGGGCCUUCUUCAGCAGUAAGAACAUUGUUACAGCUAGUACCGCCGGGAGUUCUUGCAGCGCCGGAGAACUCUUCUACAACUUAGUUUUGCCCUUCCUGUGGGACAGCUUCUGCUGCGGUAGUCCCACUUCAAGCGGAUCAGGUCCGGAGUUGAGAAGAUGGUGUGAGGGCAGACUUCUCGCCAACGUCGUUCCCGUCCUUGGGGCAAAGCCGGAGCAAGUGGAGAAGCAGUACGAAGAUGUGCUCCAGCAGGUUGUGAUUAACACCACCAGGCUAUUGAUGAGUUCUGGUAGAGGUGGUCAGGAAAGCAGCAGGCCGGUAGUUGUUGCCCUGGACGAAAUCGCACCACAACUUUUGCGACACUUUGAGGCCAUGAAGCCGAAAGAAACCACCGCAGGUGAUGGAAGCAGCGACAAGCUAACUGAAAGUAGCAACACGACGAGAAACCGGGAUGAUUUCUUAUUUCUCUAUGCUGUCGCGGAGGCCGAGCGAUUGCUGGCGAAGCAGAAUGUUAAUCCUGGGAAGAACGGCGAAACAGGUUUAGAAGAAGUACCUUCUUCCGACCCUGAACUGAACAAGAAGUUGCUGGAUCUCGCGACCCUUCUCGACGCCGAGCAAUCGGAAACGGAGAGAACGACGCGUCGCGCGGAGACCUUGCAACUGCUGCUCUACAUGAAAAUUUUCAAUGGUUGUGCUGGAGGAUCUGCAUCAUCUCCACCACGAGAAGGUGCUGAUGCAAAGUCCGAUCAGCAGCUCGUGGAUCAAACCGUGUUGAAGGCAGUUAAAAUGUUCGACAAGCUGGAGAUCAAAAACAUCCUGCUGUCCUCGCGGCUAACCGCACUGUAUUUCGAGUACCUGCUGUACGACGUCGGUCGCGUCGACCUGGCGCACUCCCUACAGCACAAAAUCGCCGGGUGGCACGCGCAGCAUUGCCAGGAAAUGGAGCAGUACGUGGAAAGAUCGUUUGACACCAGUCUUAACCCGGACAGAGCUGUGGAGUGUGUGAAGCAUAGCAAGCAGAUACAGAAGUCGAUCUCCCUCGCCGGCGCAAAGAUGGCAAGUACGGCGUUUCGCCUGCACAGCGACAUCGUGCAAAGUGGAACGUCUUCUAGCAGCAGUAGUACUGUUACAGGUGCGGCGCAAGGCGAAGCGAGCAGUGGUAGGAACACGAAGACACCUUUCGAUAACAGCGCGAGUGAAGCAGUCUGCUUGCAUCUACUGCAACUGGAACUAGAGGGAGCUGGUUCGGGAGAUGGAGAUGGAGAAGGAGAAACGGAGGCAGUACUGCCAACCGCUCUGAAUAUGCAGGUGGAGUCGCCGCCGUGGAUUCAACACUGCGGAGGUCUGUUCGACGACGUCGUAGCGCCGACAGAACCGCUCUGGCACGAGGACGAGGAGCUGUUGCCGUUGAUUUUUAAGCCGACAAUAAAAAUUUUGACAUCUUCAUGUAGCGAUAGAGAGGAAAGCGGCGUAUUGCCACAACUUCUCAAGCCAAACCUCCACGCUGAGUUCGAGCGGCGCUACCUUUCGCAUCAAGUGUUGCAGCUGUGCCAGGUUGGGAAGCCGGCGAGACAUGCGCUGGGAAGGCUAGUCGCCGAGUGUGAAGCCGGGAAAGAAGGAACGGGAGGUAAAAAUGGCGUAGUACUCGCACCGCUCGACAUCGUCGCCUGGGCGAAAAUAUUCGUCUCUUUUUGGAGCGAAGAGCACGAGAAAUGCGAACAGCAGCUCUCUGCGCUUGUUGGGGUUGGAGAAGAAAACUCGGCGGAGAGUGGAGACCACCCCAGUACAACACGAAGCGCAGCGAAUCUUCCCGAUAUCACCUGCUGGCGGCAGUACUUGGAGCUAGCGAUUCCCGUGCGACUCGCCAUUGUCUUCGCGCAAUCUGUGCCAAAAUCAAAGAACAAAAAGUCGCCGAUGGGGCAACUCCGGGUCUGCGUGAAAAACUUGCUCCAGAAGUGGAUCGAUGUACAUACGGAGGUGGAUGGUUCCGUUGUAUCCAAAGACGUGCGGGAGGCCUGCGGCCGCCGGGCGCGGCAAAUCAAAGACUUUGGAUUCAAAGCGUAGGAGUCUCGCUUUGGAACACCGACAUGCAGUUGUACGAGCGAUAGUAGAUGUAGCAUCUGUCGAAAUCAGACAUCUACGGAUACGAGUUCUAGUGCGCAAUGUUAUAAAGAUAAUUAGCGACAUAUCAAACACAG